CCGGGCCUGCCCCCUCCGAGGCGCCGUAGCGCGGGCAGGGACGGCGGCGGCGCUGUGUUCCGUCGGGUCGCCGUCGGUGGUCUGCCGGCCGCCCAGGCCCCGCCUGCCCCCCGGGGCGGCUCGGUGCUCAUGGGCCCGCGGCGGCGGCGGCGCGCGGCGGCGGCGGGAGGCGACCCGGGGGCCGCGGUGGCCGCUGACCGGGCGGCGGGAGGCGGCGGGGCCGGGCCAUGGGGGACGGAACCGUCAGCAGCCGCCGGAGCCGGGAGCCCUGCCCAAGCCGGAGCGGCGUCCCCUGCUGAGCCCCGAGCGCCGGGCCGGCAGCCGGAUGCCCGGGCCCACUGGGCGGGCCAGCGGCCGCCUGCGGGAUGAGCAGACUGCUGGGGGGGACGCUGGAGCGCGUCUGCAAGGCUGUGCUCCUUCUCUGCCUGCUGCACUUCCUCGUGGCCGUCAUCCUCUACUUUGACGUCUACGCCCAGCACCUGGCCUUCUUCAGCCGCUUCAGUGCCCGAGGCCCUGCCCGUGCUCUCCACCCAGCUGCCAGCAGCAGCAGCAGCAGCGGCAACUGCUCCCGGCCUAACGCCACCGCCUCUAGCUCCGGGCUCCCUGAGGUCCCCAGUGCCCGGCCCGGUCCCACGGCUCCUAUGCUGCCACCCUGUCCUGACUCGCCACCUGGUCUUGUGGGCAGACUGCUGAUCGAGUUCACCUCACCCAUGCCCCUGGAGCGGGUGCAGAGGGAGAACCCAGGCGUGCUCAUGGGUGGCCGAUACACACCGCCCGACUGCACCCCAGCCCAGACGGUGGCGGUCAUCAUCCCCUUUAGACACCGGGAACACCACCUGCGCUACUGGCUCCACUAUCUACACCCCAUCUUGAGGCGGCAGCGGCUGCGCUACGGUGUCUAUGUCAUCAACCAGCAUGGUGAGGACACCUUCAACCGGGCCAAGCUGCUCAACGUGGGCUUCCUAGAGGCGCUGAAGGAGGAUGCCACCUAUGACUGCUUCAUCUUCAGCGAUGUGGACCUGGUCCCCAUGGAUGACCGCAACCUAUACCGCUGCGGCGACCAACCCCGCCACUUUGCCAUUGCCAUGGACAAGUUUGGCUUCCGGCUGCCCUACGCUGGCUACUUUGGAGGUGUGUCAGGCCUGAGUAAGGCUCAGUUUCUGAGAAUCAAUGGCUUCCCCAACGAGUACUGGGGCUGGGGUGGCGAGGAUGAUGACAUCUUCAACCGGAUCUCCCUCACUGGGAUGAAGAUCUCUCGCCCAGACAUCCGAAUCGGCCGCUACCGCAUGAUCAAGCACGACCGUGACAAGCAUAACGAACCCAACCCUCAGAGGUUUACCAAGAUUCAAAACACGAAGCUGACCAUGAAGCGGGACGGCAUUGGGUCAGUGCGGUACCAGGUCUUGGAGGUGUCUCGGCAACCACUCUUCACCAAUAUCACAGUGGACAUUGGGCGGCCCCCGUCGUGGCCCCCUCGGGGCUGACACUAAUGGACAGAGGCUCUCGGUGCCGAGGAUUGCCUGCCAGAGGACUGACCACAGCCUGGCUGGCAGCUGCUCUGUGGAGGACCUCCAGGACUGAGACUGUGGGCUUUGUUUUCCGAGGGUCUUCAAUAGGCCCCCUAGCUAUACCCGGAAGUUUCAGAACCCACUUUGGGGGCCUCCUGCCUGGGCAGGCUCUUCACAAGUGUGGCCCUCUUUGGAGUCAACCCUCCUUCCUGACCCCCUCCCCCUAGCCCAGCCCCAGUCACUGUCAGGGUCGGGUCAGCCCCUGCACUGCCUCGCGGAGUGGCCUGGGCUAGGUCACUCCACCUCUCUGUGCCUCAGUUUCCCCCCUUGAGUCCCCUAGGGCCUGGAAGGGUGGGAGGUAUGUCUAGGGGGCAGUGUCUCUUCCAGGGGGAAUUCUCAGCUCUUGGGAACCCCCUUGCUCCCAGGGGAGGGGAAACCUUUUUCAUUCAACAUUGUAGGGGGCAAGCUUUGGUGCGCCCCCUGCUGAGGAGCUGCCCCAGGAGGGGACCAGAGGGGAUGCUGUGUCGCUGCCUGGGAUCUUGGGGUUGGCCUUUGCAUGGGAGGCAGGUGGGGUUUGGAUCAGUAAGUCUGGUUCCCGCCUCCCUGUCUGAGAGAGGAGGCAGGAGCCCCAGGGCCGGCUCGUGUUUGUACAUUGCACAGAAACUUGUGUGGGUGCUUUAGUAAAAAACGUGAAUGGAGCAGC